GUGUUUUUUCGUACACUGAACUAACGAUUGGAGAUUGAUUUAAAGUUAAACAAAGUGAAAACUAACAAGAUGAGAUGGAUGUAUAAUUUUUAUACAAAGAAAAUUUGCUUUUCCAUUUGAUAUUUGAAACUUUCAAGAGGAGACUGAGAAGCCAUAGAAGAUGCUUUAUCAGUGUUUGUUUCUUUUGGUUUUUCUACACAGUGUGAUUAUUUCAUUUAUAGAUGCAGUUCCAAUUAGAGAAGGGCUCCAGUCAAGUCAGUUUGAUGUGACAGCACUGUUACCAGGUGUGGUAACAGGUGCUCUCUUAGUGUGUUUGCUGCUGCUGUUAGCUGGAUGUUUGUGCUGCCCAUAUAAUGGGUUAAAGAAUUUAGGACACAGUAAUGGAAUUGCUCUAUCUCAGAGAACUUACCAUAAUCUUCCAAGAUAUUCAGUUGAAUCAGCAUUUAACACUUUUCCAUUGCAAGAUCCUCUCCAUAAUCAACAAAUCAGACAAUUUUAUGAAGAUGAGGUUACAUUUGAUAGACUUCCAGAAAUACAUUCCAGGAAACAAGUCAGUUUGCCAGCUGAUCGACUGCCUCGUCCAGCAUACUUCGGCCAAAUUCCAUCAAAACACUUUGCUCUGCAUGAGUGGUUUGGCAAUAACCUUCCUCGCAGUGAAAUCCGAUACAUCAAAGAGCUUGGCAGUGGUUGGUUUGGUAAAGUUGUUGAAGGUGAGAUUCAUCAGGCUAGCUUGAACCAAGGUCGAUCUCAGAUAGUCAUUAAAAUACUACGUGAAGAUGCUUCACCUUCUGAGCAUAAUUAUUUCUUAAAUGAAGUGGAAUAUUUCAGAAAACUUCACCAUCCUAAUAUUGUGCAUGUGAUUGGACAGUGCCUUGAAGAAGAUCCAUUUUUGAUUCUUAUGGAGUUAGUUUCAGUGAACUUGAAGAUAUUCCUAACUGGUAAUUGCUCCAACUGUGAGGGAUUAGUUGAAAAUGUUUCUCUACUUAGUAUGGCUAUUGAUGUAGCUUCUGGAUUACAACAUAUUCAUGAAGAAGGAUUUGUUCACUUGUAA